AUGGGACCAGAACAUGACACCGAACUAUUCUGCCUUCCCAAGAACCAUGCCAACAUCCACAGCGAUAAUGUCUCUCAAUCCCAAAAGAAGAAAACGAAGCUACGAACAGGGUAUGAAUGGCGCCAUGGCGCGACGAUCUGCCUCGCUGCGACUAUUACAAUUCUCCUGUUGAAUAUCAUUAUGACGGCCGUCGCUGCUUCCCGCGCAGAAAACCCAUCAUUUGAAGCGGAGGCUAUUUUUGCAGGUGACUGUGGACGCGCGAAAUAUUGGUCAACGGCAUUGCAUAUUUUAAUCAACAUUUUUGGGACUGACGUCGAUCGCAUGCACGCGACCGGCAAGUGGCUGGAUGUUGGAAGACCGAGCAUAGCCAACCUGCGGGUGAUGAAAUGGAAGCAGGUGUCACUUUGGUGUUUAUUGCUUCUCAGUUCACUUCCAUUGCAUAUGCUGUAUAACUCGAUCGUGUUCUCGACAAUGACUUCCAAUGCAUAUGGAAUUGUUCUUGUUUCUUCGAAUGUCUCCAUUGAAUCCGUAGACUCUGCUACCGACUCCUGUUACGAAAAGCUUGUGGGAACAGACCCGGCACACAUACAGUCAACAUAUCGCGACGGCGAAUUUGAAAUUCUCAGCAAAAAAGCCUGCAUCGAGGCAUAUAGAGUGCCAUUUCUCUCCGACCGCCGAACACUUUUGCUCGUUUCUGAAAAUUCUUCAAUUCCAUCUCCAGGUUUCUGGGUUGGAGCCGGAAAUCCAACAUCGUCCACGGAUGAUGGUCAGGAUCCGUUCGGAUAG